AUUGGCAGAGCGACUGCGCGCGGUGGUGAACUAGAAAGGCCUCUCUCGCAGAGGGCGAACAUAAACAUCGGCGGCCCGUCGCUCGGGGCCGGAGCUGCUGCGGCGCUCUCGGCAAUCUCUCCGCAGCGCGCGGCCGCAUUUCAAAUGGCGUCCGGCGGUGGGCGCCAGAGCCCCGGUCCAUUCGGCAGCACCAAGUCGACGUCGGCGACGUGUCUUCUGGACGGCGCCGAGGGCGGCAACGCGCGGUCGACGUCCGCACCCGUAGAUGCUACUCUGGUGCUCUCCGACGGCACGACGUUCAAGGGCACGUCCUUCGGCGCGGCCAAGUCCAUGCCCGGCGAGGUCGUCUUCAACACGGGCAUGGUCGGCUACCCGGAGGCGCUCACGGACCCGUCCUACCGGGGCCAGAUCCUCGUGCUCACGUACCCCCUCGUGGGCAACUACGGCGUGCCGUCGUUCGACAAGAUCGACGCGUUCGGCCUCCCGACGUACUUCGAGUCCAAGGACGUGCAGAUCGCGGGCCUCGUCGUCAGCAGCUACUCCGAGGACCCGAGCCACUGGGCGUCCACGCGGUCGCUGGGCUCGUGGCUCGAGGAGGCGGGCGUGCCCGCCAUCUUCGGCGUCGACACGCGCAUGCUCACGAAAUCGCUCCGCGAGCGCGGCGCGAUGCUCGGCCGCCUCGAGGUCGGCUCGGACAAGCCCACGGGCGACUUCGUCGACCCGAACCUCCGGAACCUCGUCGCCGAGGUCUCCACCAAGACCAUCGUCACCUACGGCGUCGCCGGCGGCCCGAAGAUCGUCGCCAUCGACUGCGGCAUGAAGUUCAACAUCAUCCGCUACCUCGUGGAAGCCCACGGCGUCGAGCUCACGGUGGUCCCCCACGACUACGACCUCGAGACGAACCCGUCGAAGCUCGAGUGGGACGGCGUCUUCUGCUCCAACGGGCCCGGCGACCCGUCGAAAUGCGCGGCGACGAUCAAGUCGCUCAAGUGGGCCAUCUCCCAGGAGAAGCCCGUCUUCGGCAUCUGCCUCGGCAACCAGAUCCUCGCGCUCGCGGCCGGCGGCACGACGUACAAGAUGAAGUACGGCAACCGGGGCAUGAACCAGCCCUGCGUCGACCUGCGGACGACGCGCUGCUACAUCACGUCGCAGAACCACGGCUUCGCCGUCGACGACUCGACGCUGCCCGACGGCUGGCGCGCGCUCUUCAUCAACGCGAACGACCGGUCCAACGAGGGCAUCACGCACACGUCCAAGCCCUUCUUCUCCGUCCAGUUCCACCCCGAGGCCGCGGGCGGGCCCUUCGACACGGCGUUCCUCUUCGAGUCCUUCGUGCGCCUCGUCCGCGGCAACGCGCCGCAGCUCACGCUCCUCGACCCGAACAUCUACCGCCACGACCGCGCGUCGCUCAAGCGCGUCCUGCUCGUGGGCUCCGGCGGGUUGUCCAUCGGCCAGGCCGGCGAGUUCGACUACUCCGGGUCGCAGGCGAUCAAGGCGCUCCGCGAGGAGGGCAUCGAGGUCGUGCUCAUCAACCCGAACAUCGCCACGUCCAAGGUCGCGAACGUCGCCUGCGCGGACCGCGUCUACUUGUUACCGGUCACCGCGGCGAACGUGCGCAUGAUCCUCGACAAGGAGAGCGACAUCGACGGCAUCAUCGUCUCCAUGGGCGGCCAGACGGCGUUAAACGUCGGCAUCGAGCUCUGGGCCAACGAGGACCUCCAGAAGCGCGACAUCCGCGUUUUAGGCACGAACAUCGACGCGAUCAUCUCGACCGAGGACCGCGAGAUCUUCUCGGGCAAGCUCCGCGAGAUCAACGAGACGCUGGCGCUGUCCUACCCGGCCUGCACCGUCGACGAGGCCCUCGAGGCCGCGCACAAGAUCGGCUACCCCGUGCUCGUCCGCGCGGCGUUCACGCUGGGGGGUUUGGGCUCGGGCUUCGCGGAGAACGACGCCGAAUUGAUCGACCUGGCGAAGAACGCCCUCGAGGGCGCCACGUCCACCACCAAACAGAUCCUCAUCGACCAGGACCUGCGCGGCUGGAAGGAGGUCGAGUACGAGGUCGUCCGCGACGUCCGCGACAACUGCAUCACGGUCUGCAACAUGGAGAACUUCGACCCGCUCGGCGUGCACACGGGCGACUCUAUUGUGGUGGCCCCGUCGCAGACGCUCUCGAACCGCGAGUACUUCAAGCUCCGGUCCACGGCCAUCAAGGUCAUCCGCCACAUCGGCAUCGUCGGCGAGUGCAACAUCCAGUACGCGCUCGACCCCCACACGGAGAAGUACUGCAUCAUCGAGGUCAACGCGCGCCUCUCGCGGUCGUCGGCCCUCGCGUCCAAGGCCACGGGCUACCCGCUCGCCUACGUGGCGACGAAGCUCUCGCUGGGCCAGGACCUCGUGUCCAUCCGCAAUUCCGUGACCGGCACGACGACCGCGUGCUUCGAGCCGUCGCUCGACUACUGCGUCGUCAAGAUGCCGCGCUGGGACAUGCGCAAGUUUAGCCGCGUGUCGACGAAGCUCGGCAGCGCCAUGAAGUCCGUCGGCGAGGUCAUGGCCAUCGGCCGGUCCUUCGAGGAGGCGCUCCAAAAGGCCGUGCGCAUGGUCCGGCCCGGCUCGCGCGGCCUCGAGGGCGAGCACGAGGCCGAGUACGACGCGUCCCUCGUCUCCGAGAACCUCACGCCCGACGAGCGCCUGUCGAAGCGCCUCAAGGUCCCCACGGACCAGCGCCUCUUCGCCGUGCAGGCGGCCUUCGAGCAGGGCAUCGGUUUGGACAAGGUCCACGAGCUCACGCGCAUCGACCGCUGGUUCCUCACGAAGAUGCGCCGCAUCGCGCGCCUCCGCUCCGCCAUGGAGGGCCUGGGCGACGUCCAGGCGCUGAACCUCCCGAGCCUGCGCAAGAUCAAGCAGGCGGGCUUCUCCGACGGCCAAAUCGGCCACUACACGAAGUGCGUCGAGUCGCGCGUGCGCCGCCACCGCCUGAGCCUCGGUUUAAAACCGGUGGUCAAGCAGAUCGACACGCUCGGCGCCGAGUUCCCGGCCGUGACCAACUACCUCUACAUGACCUACCACGGCGAGGAGAACGACGUCGUCCCCAAGGACCGCGGCGUCAUGGUCCUCGGCUGCGGCGCGUACUGCAUCGGCUCGUCCGUCGAGUUCGACUGGUCCGCCGUGUCCUGCGUGCGCCAGGUGCGCGCGUCGGGCUACCGCGCCGUCGUCGUCAACUACAACCCGGAGACCGUGUCGACGGACUACGACGUCAGCGACCGCCUCUACUUCGAGGAGCUGUCGCUCGAGCGCGUGCUCGACAUCUACGAGCAGGAGGCCGCCUGGGGGUUGGUGGUCUCCGUGGGCGGCCAGAUCCCCCAGAACCUGGCGAUGCCGCUCCACGACAACGGCGUCCGCGUCUUGGGCACGUCGCCGACGGACAUCGACCGCGCGGAGGACCGCCACAAGUUCUCGGCGAUGCUCGACGAUUUGGGCGUGGACCAGCCGGCGUGGCGCGAGCUCCAGUCCGUCGCGGACGCCAAGGCCUUCGCCGAGGAGGUGGGCUACCCCGUGCUCGUGCGGCCGUCGUUCGUGCUCUCGGGCGCCGCGAUGAAGGUCGCGACGUCGGACGCGGAGCUCGCGCAGUUCCUCGGCGACGCGUCGGCCGUGUCGCCGGACCGGCCCGUCGUCGUGUCCAAGUUCAUCCGCAACGCCAAGGAGAUCGAGUUCGACGCCGUCUGCAAGGAGGGCCACGUCUUGAACUACGCGAUCUCGGAGCACGUCGAGAACGCGGGCGUCCACUCGGGCGACGCGACCUUGGUGCUCCCCGCGCAGAAGCUCUACGUCCAGACCCAGAAGCAGGUGAAGCGCAUCGCCGCGCGCAUCGCCAAGGCCCUGAACAUCUCGGGCCCCGUGAACAUACAGCUCAUGGCGCGAGAGAACGACGUCAAGGUCAUCGAGUGCAACCUCCGCGCGUCGCGGUCCUUCCCCUUCCUCUCGAAGACGCUCAACGCCAACUUCAUCUCCCUCGCGACGCGCGUCAUGCUCGGCGUGCCCGCGCGGCCCUACCAGAUCUCGCUCAUGGACAUCGACUACGUCGCCGUGAAGGCGGCCAUGUUCUCGUUCACGCGGCUCCGCGGCGCGGACCCCAUCAUGGGCGUCGAGAUGGCGUCCACGGGCGAGGUCGCCUGCCUCGGCGCCGACGUCUACGAGGCCUACCUCCUCGCGCUCGAGGGCGCGGGCACGAAGAUCCCGACGAAGGCGCACGCCGCGGCGGGCAAGCAGGUCUUCCUCUCCAUCUCCAACGCGUCGGACUUCGCGCCCCACGCGGCCAUGCUCGCCGAGCUCGGCUUCAAGUUGCUGGCGUCGCCGGGCACGGCCAAGGCCUUCAACGCGAUGAAGGUGCCCUGCGAGACCGUCGCCGGGGGCGCCGAGUGGGCCGAGGCGGCCUGCGAGGCCCUCAAGGACGGCGACGUCGUCUUCUGCAUCAACGUGCCGUCGUCGAACAAGCUCAACGACGUCACGGAGGACGGCUCCGCGGAGACGAACGGCUACAAGCUCCGCACGGGCGCGAUCUCCUUCGGCGUCGGCCUCCUCACGAACGAGAAGUGCGCGAACCUCUUCGUCGAGUCCCUCUACCGCCACCUGAACCGCGACGCGCCCCUCCCGGUGCGCCACCUCGACGAGUUCUACGCCGGCGAGUUCUAGGACCCCCCCCGGCCCAAGCGAAAAUCCCAAAGAGCCCCCGCGCGCGCCGCCCAAGGAGCGCCGCGGCCCCCGCUGAAGCGUCCAAGCGCGCCGGGCUUUUAGACCUGGACGU